AUGUCCAUGAUGUGUGGUGCAGACCGUGCCCAUUUAGAUGCAAGGCAUUCCCCUUCUAAGAACCCUGCGGUAGCACCUACUUCCUGUGACCACUCUCAGAGAAGGACUCAUGCUGCUCAGCAUACUGUGGAUAGGGUCCCGUGUAACCUUAAGAGGGUGGUUUUUGAGAGCUCACAGGAGAGGUUCAUACCUGGUCACGACAGUGAUGACGACGACUUCAUGCCCAUUCCCAACACCCGUUCAUCCUCACACAUCGACAAAUUUAAGGAUGUUGGUCCGAGGAAAACUAGGCAAAUACAAGCAGGAUUGUCGACCGAUGCAUGUACAGAGCAAUAUGUUGCUAUCGAAGCUGAUGGGUUUGGUCAUUUGCUGAGAAUGAAGAUCGAUGCUGUAGAGAACAAGAAUCUGCUAACCUGGCUAUUAGACCACACUGACCCUGAUCGUAUGCUAAUUAGGAUUGGUGCAGGCAAGGUCCUUUCGAUCACCCCACAAAUAAUUAGCAUGGUUCUUGGUUUGCCUAUACGUGGUGAAAACUUCAAGCAAUACUCAUGGAAGGAAGCUUUCCUACCACCUAACAAUGUAUACUAUCUCGACAACAUUGACCACUCUGUCUCAUUGGUGGACCGGACUUCGACUCCACGCCUCACCUUUUAUGAUAAUGCUCUAAUAGAUCACUUAACUGUUGCUGAUACAACUAUAACCACUCAGGUUGCACAUACUUUUGGUGUCCAUCCUUUCAAGCCAUGGAGUACCACCUGCUAUGCUGCAGAUGUCCGUGGUGCUCCCUGUCAUAACAUAAAUGUUCCUGCGGCAGGAAUACCCAAUUUAGACAUCCCACGCCUCCUGGAUUUGUUAUUUGAGCCGCUAGAUGAUCUGACUGGCUCGCAUAGAGAGAGAGUAUGGGGUUUCUUUUCUGAGUUUGAUCACACACUCUCUCAAAACAAAAGGUCCAUUGAGAAUUCUAUUGCAAACAUUGUGAGAGCCCAGUUUCAGUUAGCUGAUCAAUGUCGUCCAAUCAUUCAUGAACUCGUGGCAUCACAAACCUGGGACACCAACAUUCCAGGUGACACUUCUAGGACAAUGCAUACACGCAACGAUCAUGGUACCCGUGAAUCAGCCCAUUGUCCUAGUUCAUUUAACCCCACUUCACCGACAGGCCCAUUUGGCUCCCCUGUUCAUUGUGUAGUUUCACCCCCUCAUAUUUAUGAGGACUUACCUCGUCCAUCAACUACACCGAUGCGCACCUCUUCAAAAGAUGUUUCUGGUUCCUUCAUUGUCACAAAUGAUCCUACUGUUCAUCCUAACAGUCCAGUUCACACUCCAAUUAUGGCUCCAACUGAGUUGGUACAAAAUGAUCCUCCUUUACAUAGAGGCCGCAUUAUUCAUCCACAAGGCUUCUUUUAUACUGAAACUAUUCCUACUUCAUCUGCCUUCCACCAUUCCCGUUCUGAGCAUAACUCUCCUUAUGCUCCUGAACUUCCUGAAGCAUGCAGUAACAAAACAAUCGGAAAAGACACCACUUCUGCAUUAAAGUGA